UAGUUUAUAGGUGUUUUAAUUAGUUUUGUUGUGUUUUUUGUACAUUGUAUUUUUUCUACCCUUUGUGAUUCAUUCCGUCGUUGUAUACAGUAUGUCCACUUUGGUGAAUGGCUUAAAUGAACAUCCUUUAAUAUCUAACGGACAUUGUACGCCGCCUGCUAAGGAGCAGGACGCUGUUAAAUUGUUUGUCGGACAAAUUCCUAGAAACUUAGACGAUAAGGACUUAAGACCUAUUUUUGAAGAAUUUGGACCAAUUUACGAAUUCACGGUUCUUAGAGACAGGUUUACCGGACUCCAUAAAGGUUGUGCCUUCCUAACGUAUUGCAAUAAAGACAGCGCCAUAAACGCACAACACGAGUUACACGAACUGAAAACAUUACCUGGGAUGAACCGUCCUAUACAGGUGAAACCAGCAGACAGUGAAAGCAGGGCGGAAGAUAAAAAACUUUUUGUUGGUAUGUUAAAUAAGCAACAGACAGAAGACGAUGUAAGACAGUUAUUCCAGCCAUUCGGAACAAUAGAAGAAUGUACAAUCCUGAGAGAUCAGAAUGGUAACAGUAAAGGUUGUGCAUUUGUUAAAUUUACAACAGCAACAGAAGCCCAUUCAGCCAUUAGUGCUCUACACGGAAGUCAGACUAUGCCUGUAAGUUAUAACAAUGGUGCAUCAUCUAGUUUAGUAGUUAAAUUUGCUGAUACAGAAAAAGAAAGACAACUCAGACGUAUGCAGCAGAUGACUGGUCCCUUGGGUCUUCUGAACCCUUUUGCAAUUUCCAAUCUUGGUGCUUACGGAGCUUACGCUCAGAUUCCACAACAACAAGCAGCACUGAUGGCUGCUUCACAAGGAGCUUACUUGGCUAGUCCAGUGACCUCCCUGGGUCAUAUUCCACAGAUUGGGGCGCUGGCCGCACCCAAUGGUAUCUCUACCAAUGCACUGACCCCAACUACCGCCACACUGGCUCUUUCUAAUGGUGCUGCCACCUUAAAUGGUGCCCCUCCCAGUGUUUUGUCCCCCACAUCAAUGGCAGGUUUCCAAAUGCAACAGGCUAAUGGACAAACACCAGAGAUUUAUGCUAAUGGUAUACCUCACUAUCCUGGUGAGUGCCAGCUUGUUGAUAUAGGUUAUGACCCGCAUUCACACUUUCAGACGUUGACAGCCCGUAACAUUUCUCUACCUGUUACAGCCCAAGUAGCCAAUGGUGAUCCAAUCCAGGCAUAUGCUGUCCAAGCUUAUCCAGGAAUUGAUAUGAAUAUUUCAGCUUACCCAGCUUUUGGGGCAAUCCAGCAGACUCUUGCAGCACAAGCCGCAUUAUUACCAACGGCUCAGAAGGAAGUUAUACUUACAGGUCCAGAGGGUUGUAACCUGUUCAUCUACCACCUGCCACAGGAGUUCGGAGACGCAGAACUCGCUCAGAUGUUCAUGCCAUUUGGAACAGUUAUCAGUGCUAAAGUUUACGUUGAUCGUGCUACUAAUCAAAGCAAAUGCUUUGGAUUUGUCAGUUUUGAUAAUCCAACAAGCGCUCAGGCUGCUAUCCAGGCUAUGAACGGAUUCCAGAUUGGUAUGAAACGUUUGAAGGUACAGCUGAAACGCCCAAAGGAUGCCAACAGACCAUAUUAGACAGCAAUGUUCUUAAUCGAUACCCCAAAUGGGACCCCAAUGGCACAAGAGUACUUAAGAAGAGGCCUAAUACCAAGGUUAUUGGUUUGUUUCCAGUUACGGAACAAAUUUUGUAUAUAGACCCUUAUUUUUCACGAACGAAAUCCCACCAUUGUAGGUUUUGUAAAUACAUAGAAUAGAUAUACUUAAUUUAUUUAUCUUAGCAUUUAGUCCACCUUAAAUUAUUAAUUUGAAUACAAUUCAAAGUUUGAUUUUUUAUCAUACCUUCUGUAAGCAUACAGUCUUGGUGAUUUUUAGAAGUAUAACAUGUUAAAUUAAGCUAAGUAGAUGUAUUGGCAAUUGGUAUUGUAAAAA